GCUCCCGCCCCGGCCCCGGCCUCCGCCCCCCGCCGGAGCCCCGCCCGCCUUCCGACGGGGGUGCGGCUCCAGGAAACGGCGCGCUCGCGGCUCAGCGCUCCCGCGACCCGACGCGCCCCGGACGACCCGGCGGACUCAGCGGGACCACCCGGCGGGCCCCAGCGGGGGCAGCGGGGUGAUCGGCCCCGGGUCCGAGCCUCGGACAUCUCCGACGGACGGGGCGGGCAGCGCGGAGAGCAGCCCGGGAGGCCAUGGGGACCCAGGCCCGGCCAGCGGUCGCGGGCCAGCGGGAGUCCCAAGUCUGAAAAGCCGGCGGCGGGGGUUGGCGGGGGCCAUGACCUCGGUGUGGAAGCGCCUGCAGCGCGUGGGCAAGCGGGCCGCCAAGUUCCAGUUUGUGGCCUGUUACCACGAGCUGGUGGUGGAGUGCACCAAGAAAUGGCAACCGGAUAAGCUGGUGGUGGUAUGGACCCGGCGGAACCGACGCAUCUGCUCCAAGGCCCACAGCUGGCAGCCAGGCAUCCAGAACCCUUACCGGGGCACCGUGGUGUGGAUGGUGCCGGAGAACGUGGACAUCUCUGUGACCCUCUACAGGGACCCUCACGUGGACCAGUACGAGGCCAAAGAAUGGACAUUUGUUAUUGAGAAUGAGUCCAAGGGGCAGCGGAAGGUGCUGGCCACCGCCGAGGUGGACCUGGCCCACCACGCGGGGCCCGUGCCGGCCCCAGUUGCCCUGCGGCUGCGGCUGAAGCCCAAGUCGGUGAAGGUGGUGCAAGCCGAGCUGAGCCUCACGCUCUCCGGGGUUCUGCUGCGGGAGGGCCGCGCCACGGACGAUGACAUGCAGAGUCUCGCGAGCCUCAUGAGCGUGAAGCCGAGUGAUGUGGGCAACCUGGACGACUUUGCUGAGAGUGACGAGGAGGAGGCUAAUGGCCCGGGGACCCCGGAGGCACGGGCUCGUGUCCCCCAGCCAGACCCAUCUCGGGAGCUGAAGACACUUCGUGAGGAGGAGGAGGAGGGCCGGGUACAACCCCGGCAGGCAGCUGCCAGCCCUUCUAGUGCGGAGGAUACCAGCCCAGCCCCUGUGAGUGCCCCUGCGCCCCCAGCCAGGGCCUCCCGGGGCCAGGGGUCAGAACCAGCUACUGUAGCAGGGGGCCAGGUGGGGCUCAAGUCCCCCAGGCCCCCGGGAACCCCACCAGAGAAGAGGUCCUCAAGGCAGCCAGGCCAGGAUGUGGCCCCCACCCCAGCGCCUCGGCUCCGGAAAGGCUCUGAUACCCCUUGGCCCCCAGGCGCCCAAGGGGAAGAUGAGGCUCCCAAAGCCUCAGGGGCUCCCCUAGCAGGAGUGGGUUCUUCUGGGGAGACCGAGGCCCAGGAAAGCCCUCAGGAAGGGACAGAGGCUCAGGGAGCCAGGCUGGGCCGAGGCACUGAGGAUGGAGACUCCAGUGACUCUUUGGUAGGGCAGAAACCCAAGGUGGAGGAGGGGAGCCCUGGGGACAGGCCAGGGGCUAGAGGGGUGGACACUGAGCAUGAGUCAGGAGUCAGAGAGGUGAACACUAAGAGGUCAGACAUCAGAGCGGGGAAGGCUGAAGAGAGUUCAGAAGUGAGUCAAGUGGAUGCUGAGCAGAGGUCAAAGGUGGGACAUGUGGACACUAAGGGACAAGAGGCUAUAGGGGUGAUGGCUGAGGCAAGAUUCAAGGAGACUCCCGAGGCUCCUCCAAGGGGCUCUCAGGGGAGGACAGGGGUCAGGACCAGGGAUGAGGCUCCCGCGAUCCUGAGCACACCCCCAGCAGAGCCUGCAGGGCACACCAGGCAUCUUGGUGACCUUAAGGGGGCCAGGGCUGCCGCAGGCCAGGAGAGAGAGGGUGCAGCGCUGAGAGACAGAGCCCCUGGUGUUGGGGGGACAGGCCCGGAGCUGGGUCCCUCUGUUGGAACAGCAAGCGUCAGGCCCCAGGUGAGCAGGCACCAGGGGGCCCCACCAGCAGCUGACCAGGGGGUAACGUCUAGGGAUCUGGGGUUCUGGGAGGCAGAGGCUGGGGAUUUGAGGGUCCUGGGAACAGAGUCAGAGGUACUGGGGAUUCAGGAGACAGAAAUGGGGGGAUCAGGGUUCCCAGAGAUAAAGACAGGGACAACAGAAGCUGAGGUAUUAGCGGCCCAGGAGACAGAGACCAUGGGAUCAGGGGUCCUGGACUCAGAGGCUGCUGGAAUGGCAGAGUCUGAGGAACUGGGGACCCAGAAAACAGAGGCUGGGGAUUCAGGAUUUCUGGGGACAAAGACUAGGAUGACAGAGACUGAGAUAUUGGGGACCCAGGAGAUAGCUGGUGGUUCAGGGGUACUGAGGAUAGAGCCUGAGACAGCAGAAUCUGAAAUAUGGGGGGCCCAGGAGACAGAGAUGGGAGGUACCAGGAUGCCAGAGAUAGAGGCUGGGAGGGCAGAGGCUGAGAUAUUGGGGACCCAAGAGACAAAAGUGGGGGGUUCAGGGAUAAAAUCUGAGAUAGCAGGGACCCAGGAAACAGAGGUAGGCAGUUCAGGGGUCCCAGGAUUCAAGACUGAGACAGCAGCAGCUGAGAUACUGGGGACCCAGGAGCUAGCAGCUGGGGGUUCAGGGGUCCCAAGGAUAGAGAAUGACAUAGCAGGAGCCCAGGAGACAGAGGUGGCGGUUUUAGGGCCAGAGGUUGGAAUGGCAGAAGCUGAAGGCCUGGGGACUAAACAGACAGAAACUACAGUGUUAGAGGCUGAGAAGGUGAAGGCUAAGACUUUGGGGGUCCAGGAGGCAGAGACUGGGCUCGGGGGGACCCUCAAAUACGAGGUUUUACAGGACUCCGUCACUAAGCAUGGAGUUUUAGGGCCCCAGGGAGUAGAGGCAGAGGCAGAGACUACAGUUUUGAGGGUCCAGGAGGAGGAAGCUGGGGUUUUGGGGGUUUCAGAGGCCAAGACUGGGGCUUGGGGGGCCCCAGAAGCAGAGAUGGAGGGUUUAGGGCCUCCAGAGAACAAAUCCAGUGUUUUGGAGGCCCAGGAAGCAGAAGCUGGGGUCUCAGGGACUGAGAAGGGAAAAGAAGCUGAGGGAAACCUCCCAGAGGCCAGCCUGACUGAGGCGCAGGUAGCCAGCGGGGCAGGGGCCGGGGUGCUCAAGCCCUCGGGGGCCUCUUCCCCAGAGGAGCCUGAAGAGGACGGGAGGCUGCCAGGCAGCCAGGCACCGCCUGCCCCCGUCAGCUCCAGUCAAUCCCUGCUGGAGUGGUGCCAGGAAGUCACCGCUGGCUACCGUGGCGUCCGAGUCACCAACUUCACUACAUCGUGGCGCAACGGCUUGGCCUUCUGUGCCAUCCUGCACCGAUUCUACCCAGACAAGAUUGACUAUGCCUCCCUGGAUCCACUCAACAUCAAACAGAACAACAAGCAGGCCUUCGAUGGCUUCGCGGCCCUGGGCGUGUCGCGGCUGCUGGAGCCGGCGGACAUGGUGCUGCUGUCGGUGCCCGACAAGCUCAUCGUCAUGACGUACCUGUGCCAGAUCCGCGCUUUCUGCACGGGGCAGGAGUUGCAGCUGGUGCAGCUGGAGGGCGGCGGCGGCGCUGGCACGUACUGUGUGGCCAGCGCCCGGCCGAGCGCGCCCGACGGCCUGGACGCCGGGGGCCUGGCGCAGCGGCUGCGCGAGCACCGGGCCGAGGCGCCGGAGGAGCCCAAGGGGCCCAAGGAGCCCGAGAACCGCGCGGACGGGGCGGCUCCCGAGGCGGCCUCCAAGGACCACGGUGCCGAGGCCGCCCCGGAGGCGCGCGCGGCGGAGGCCCCUGCCGACGGCCCCGGAGCCCGGGCGUCCGUGCCCCCGGCCGAAGGGCUGGUGAACGGGGCUGGGGCGCCGGGCGCGGGGGGCGGCGUGAGGCUGCGGCGGCCGUCGGUCAACGGGGAGGCCGGGCCGGUGCCCCCGCCCCGCGCGCACGGCUCCUUCUCCCACGUGCGCGACGCCGACCUGCUAAAGAAGAGGCGCUCGCGGCUGCGGAACAGCAACUCCUUCUCGGUGGACGACGCGGACUCGGGAGCGGCCGGAGCGGCCAGAGCUUCCGGAGCCGCGACUGCAGAAGGCCUGAGCCCUGACCCCGGCCCUGCCCCUGGUCCACCCACAACCACAGCCCCACAGCAGCCCCCUGGUGGGAGUCCCCCAUCAGAGGAGCCACCCCCAAGUCCAGGGGAAGAGGCUGGGCUGCAAAGAUUCCAGGACACAAGUCAGUAUGUGUGUGCAGAGCUGCAGGCCCUGGAACAGGAGCAGAGACAGAUAGAUGGGCGGGCAGCCGAGGUGGAGACACAGCUGAGGAGCCUUAUGGAGUCAGGUGCCGACAAGCUGCAGGAGGAGGUGCUGAUCCAGGAAUGGUUCACAUUGGUCAACAAGAAGAAUGCUCUCAUCCGAAGGCAGGACCAGCUGCAGCUCCUGUUGUUUCUUAACUGGAAAAAAAAAAAAGCAGUGGAGAUGGGAGGAGACAAUAUAAACAUCCAGCACUUGGAGAACAGUUGGAAGGAAGAUGAUUUGGCGCAGGGACAGGGGUAUAGCGCUGCCCUCAGCCCAGCCCUCCCUGCCAACGGCAUCGAGGAGCAGGACCUGGAGCGGAGGUUCGAGCUGCUGAGCCGGGAGCUACGGGCCAUGCUAGCUAUCGAAGACUGGCUGAAAACGGCAGCGCAGCAGCACCGAGAGCAGCUUCUGCUCGAGGAGCUGGUGUCGCUGGUGAACCAGCGCGACGAGCUGGUCCGGGAUCUGGACCACAAGGAGCGGAUCGCCCUGGAGGAGGACGAGCGCCUGGAACGCGGCCUGGAGCAGCGGCGCCGCAAGCUGAGCCGGCAGCUGAGCCGGCGCGAGCGCUGUUCGCUGAGCUGAGGCCCCGCCCGCUCGCCGCGCAGGCUUUGUCGCCGCCGCGCGGGGUCGCCGCCCGGGGCUGGCGCUCCGGAGGACCCGGGCCGCACGGCCGCAGCGCGCCGCUUGUGGGGGCCGCCGCCGUCCCCGCAGCGGGCGGAGGAGGGCGGCCCCUGGGGCCCGACCGACGGGAGCGGCUGGACGGCCGUGCCGUCCGGACCGUAUUUAUUUGUCCUUGUGAGUGCGUGUGCGUGUGUUCGCGGGGCCGGGGGAGGGGGGGGUCCCAGGAGCGCCCCGCAGAACAACCCCUCCCCGACGGCAGGGCCCGGGCCGGCCGCCUGGGAGAGCAGGGAUGGCCGCUGAACCGCUGCGCCCCCGCCCUCCCCCCUUUCCUGAUCUUCUCGAGCAAUAAAGUUGG